AUGGCCCCAUCUAUUGCCCAAACUCCCACAGCGGAAGUCGUUGUUCCUGUGAAGGCUGUGCCUGAAACAACUGCGACUAAACCCAAAGUGAGGAGGAUUAUUGACGAGGAAGGUGGAAAGACUACUGCUAGUUAUCCACACUACCUACCUAUCUACGACCAUGGCGAGAAAUACCCACCUCUGGAACCCUUUGCCCACGUCGACCACGGGAAAGAUGCCGAUCCCUCCUUCAAAGACCUUCUUACUGAAGGUUCCAAGAUCCAAAAUUUGACUCCAAGUAUCGGCUCUGAGGUUACAGGCAUUCAGCUAAGCAAGCUCACGCCUGCCGGAAAGGACCAGCUGGCACUUCUUGUUGCACAACGUAAGGUUGUUGCCUUCAGGGACCAAGACCUUGCCGAUCUUCCAAUUCAGGAUGCUUUGGACUUUGGAGGGUACUUUGGCCGCCACCAUAUCCAUCCAACUAGCGGAGCUCCGGAGGGAUAUCCUGAGAUCCAUCUUGUUCACCGGAGCAAGAAUGCAUGGGAGUAUGAUGAAUUCCUCGCUACCAGGAACAGCAGUGUUUCAUGGCAUUCGGAUGUUACGUAUGAGCAGCAGCCACCUGGUACUACGUUCUUGUACGUCCUUGACAGCCCGGAAGUGGGCGGUGACACUGCCUUCGUCGACCAAGUCGAGGCCUAUAACCGGCUUUCACCGGCGCUCAAGGAGCGUUUGCAUGGGUUGAAGGCUGUGCACUCCGGUGUUGAGCAGGUUGAGUUCAGUCUGAAGAAUGGGGGAGUUGUUCGAAGGGAGCCGAUAAAGACCGAGCAUCCUCUUGUUCGAACACACCCGGUGACUGGCGAGAAAGCGCUUUUCGUUAAUGGCGGCUUCACUCGCAGUAUUGUCGGUCUCAAGAAGGAGGAAAGUGAUGCCCUUCUUGGUUUCCUGCUCGCCCAUGUGGGUCGCGGCAUUGACUUCCAAACCCGUAUUCGAUGGGCCCCGAAGACCGUUGUUGUCUGGGAUAACCGCGUCACAGCUCAUUCAGUGAUCAUUGAUUGGACGACUGGCGAACGUCGCCAUUUGGCGCGCAUUACCCCACAGGCUGAGCGUCCCUAUGAGACGCCUUAUGUUCCUGAGAGUGAAACUAAGCCUUAA